AUGACAUCUCUGUAUGGAGGAGAUGCUAGGAAUCACCAUCGCCCAUUGCAAUUUAUACUAUCAAGCCAUGUUAAUUAUCACAGUCCCUUACUAUCAAGUUCAGUCUCUCCCCCCAGCUCUAGCCAUACAAGAACUCCAUCAACAAUACCACAGAGCGUUGUACCACCACUGGCAGUCAAAAACAAUAUUAUUUCUGCACCACCUGCACCUGACAAUGGUCAUUUACCUAGUCCUGAAACUGUCAUAUCUGCCCCCAAGUCACCCCUAGCAAAUCAGACCAUCUAUGAUGACGAGGAACAAUUGGCUAAAUGCAAGAAUCUUCUAGAAAUCAUCCAAGGUGAUGAUCGGGAGGAGGAAACCAUAUUCACCAGAAUCACAGAUGAUGAACAUGCAUACAUCAUGCAGUUCAUUGACGAAGAUGAUGAGACUCAAGGAAGAUUUGUCUAUCACCCAGACUUGGAGACGUUCAUAGUGACACUGCCAAGCCAGGCUUACUGA